CUCCACCACCACCGCCUGCUCUUCAGCUGGGGAGAAGGGACUCUUCUGCGGCUCCCCCGCUCCCCCACCUUCGCUGGCUCCCGGGCUCGGAGCCGUCUCUCCGGAAGGGGAGGGGGCUCGGCGCGCCCGGGCGAGGUGGGAGUGCAGGUACCCCGCCAUGGAUGCGGUGCUCCGGAGGCUGCCUGAACCCCAGCCCACAUGCCACUCAGGAUGAGGGUCCGGCCCUGCCAGCCCGCGCUGGGGCCCCCCCGCCCGGCCGCGGUCUAACUGCCCCCGCCCCCAGGCCUCGCCCGGCUCGCAGGCCCCCAGCCGGCUCUCCCGCCCCAGGAUGCGCUGAGCCGCCGGGGGGGCUGAGGCCGCGCCAACUACAUGCAUGUCCCCCGGGGGCAAGUUCGACUUUGACGACGGGGGCUGCUACGUGGGGGGCUGGGAGGCGGGGCGGGCACAUGGCUACGGCGUGUGCACCGGGCCCGGCGCCCAGGGCGAGUACAGCGGCUGCUGGGCGCACGGCUUCGAGUCGCUGGGCGUCUUCUCGGGGCCCGGCGGACACAGCUACCAGGGCCACUGGCAGCAGGGCAAGCGCGAAGGGCUGGGCGUGGAGCGCAAGAGCCGCUGGACGUACCGCGGCGAGUGGCUGGGCGGGCUGAAGGGGCGCAGCGGCGUGUGGGAGAGCGUGUCCGGCCUGCGCUACGCCGGGCUCUGGAAGGACGGCUUCCAGGACGGCUACGGCACCGAGACCUACUCCGACGGAGGCACCUACCAGGGCCAGUGGCAGGCCGGGAAGCGCCACGGCUACGGGGUGCGCCAGAGCGUGCCCUACCACCAGGCGGCGCUGCUGCGCUCGCCCCGCCGCACCUCCCUGGACUCGGGCCACAGCGACCCCCCGACGCCGCCGCCGCCCCUGCCGCUGCCCGGCGAGGAGGGAGGCAGCCCGGCCUCGGGCUCGCGCGGCGGCUUCGUGCUGGCCGGCCCGGGGGACGCCGACGGCGCGGCGUCCCGCAAGCGCGCCCCGGCCGCCGGCGGCUUCUUCCGCCGCUCGCUGCUGCUGAGCGGGCUCCGGGCCGGCGGGCGCCGCAGCUCCCUGGGCAGCAAGCGCGGCUCCCUGCGCAGCGAGGUGAGCAGCGACGUGGGCAGCACCGGGCCGCCGGGCUCCGAGGCCAGCGGGCCCCCCGCGCCCGCGCCGCCCGCGCUCAUCGAGGGCUCGGCCACCGAGGUGUACGCGGGCGAAUGGCGCGCCGACCGGCGCAGCGGCUUCGGCGUGAGCCAGCGCUCCAACGGGCUGCGCUACGAGGGCGAGUGGCUGGGCAACCGGCGCCACGGCUACGGCCGCACCACCCGGCCCGACGGCUCGCGCGAGGAGGGCAAGUACAAGCGCAACCGCCUGGUGCACGGCGGCCGCGUGCGCAGCCUCCUGCCGCUCGCCCUGCGGCGCGGCAAAGUCAAGGAGAAGGUGGACCGCGCCGUGGAGGGCGCGCGCCGCGCCGUCAGCGCCGCCCGCCAGCGCCAGGAGAUCGCCGCGGCCAGGGCGGCGGACGCCCUUCUCAAGGCCGUGGCGGCCAGCAGCGUGGCGGAGAAGGCCGUGGAGGCAGCGCGGAUGGCCAAGCUGAUAGCGCAGGACCUGCAGCCCAUGUUAGAGGUGCCAGGCCGCAGACCCAGGCAGGACUCGGAAGGUUCCGACACAGAGCCCUUGGAUGAAGACAGCCCCGGGGUGUACGAGAACGGACUGACCCCGUCAGAGGGCUCCCCCGAACUGCCCAGCAGUCCCACCUCCGCCCGCCAACCCUGGCGACCCCCUGCCUGCCGGAGCCCACUGCCUCCUGGACGGGACCACCGAGGUCCCUUCUCCAGCCCCAAAGCUUGGCCUGAGGAGUGGGGGGGGCUCGGGGAACAGGCAGAGGAACUCGCUGGCUACGAGGCCGAGGACGAGGCGGGCAUGCAGGGGCCCAGGGGCGGCUCCCCACUCCUGGGAGGCUGCAGUGACAGUUCCGGAAGUCUCCGUGAGGAGGAGGGGGAAGACGAGGAGCCCCUGUCCAUGCUGAGAGCCCCGGGGAGCUUGGAGCCCAACCGCCUGACCACAGCGGUACUGCGGGGACCGUCCCUGAGGGGCCCCGACGCCGGGUGCCUGAUGGAAGAGCAGGAGGAGCCAGUUGCCACCGAGAGGCCUGCCCAGCCGGGAGCUGCCAACCCUCUGGUGGUGGGCGCCGUGGCCCUCCUGGACCUCAGCCUGGCAUUCCUGUUCUCCCAGCUCCUCACCUGAGGCUCCUUCUUGGCCUAGUGCCGGCUUCGAUCGCGGCCUCCGGGCUCCUCGGCCUGCCUUUUCUCCUUCCCCUCCUGUUCAUUUUUUUUCUCCUUUCUUUCUCUUCUCCCUCUCCCUUUCUUUUCUGCCCGACCCCCCCCCUUUUCUUUCUGUCUCUUGCUUUUUCUUUCUCUUCUCCUUUCAGACCCUCUCAUUUAUUCUGGACCCCCAUCUCUGUCUCCCUCCCUCCCCUGCCUUCUCUCUCUCUAGAUUGUUUACAUAUGAAGGGCUUUUCUUGCUCAGAGUUGCUCUCUUCUCUGAGAUAUACAAAUCUAAGUCAGACCAUUGCCCCUUGCCCUCCCUGCCUUUUCUUUAGACCUGAAUUUUGAGGAGGGUGGGGGUUUGGUGUCCUGAUGAGCGAAGAGAAGGAAGACAGUGGAGUAGGAGUGACUAAAUAUUGGGCAAGGCACUGGCUGAGCUACUGCGGCUUCUGUGGCCCAGUGGCCCUCUGACACCUCCUGGAAAAGCCCUCAAAGAUGCAGCCUCCAUUUCUGACGUUGGCGGAGCCUUGGUCUUGCCUCCAAGCCCUACCCUAGGCUCUCGUCUCACCUGACCCUUGGUCUUUGAAGGGGAUAAGAGAAUGGAGAGGAAAGGGCUCCCUGGCAUCUCUUCCUGAGCCACAGCACCCCUGUCCAACCCCCGGCUGGUGUGUGUUAUGUCAAGAGCGAUCGAUGCAUAAAGGAGAGGAAUGGUCCAAAGCAGCUGAGUCCGCCUCCCUCCUCCUCUCCCCACAAUGUUUAUUUGAUUGGUCUGGACUCACUUGUGGCCUUUGAUUAAAUUUCUAAGGGGCCUGAAGAAGAAUUCAAUUUCUACUGCAGGAGGUUGAGAGGCGCUCGAGCAAGGGCCCCGGUCCCAGCCCAGGCAGCUGUGGCGGGGUGGGGUGGGGGUGCCCAUCCUGGGGAAUGGAACCAGAUGAGAAAGCAGGGAGUCACAGGCACAGAGGCCGAGGGGCUCAGUAGGCGGUGGGUCGCAUCCCCCCGGUUGGAAGCGUGUGGUGGAUGGGAACACAAGAGAAGGAAGGGGUCACAGGAAGCCAAUCUCCCCACUUUCCAGGCAGGGCAGAGGUGGGAUCCGGGCCGGGGUGAGAGCUGGUGAAGAACCCUGAGGACGCUGUGGCUGACCCUGGUACUCACUUUUCCCCUGGGGACAGGAAGCCCUAGGAAAAGGGGCCAGUGGGGGUCCCUGGGGGAUCCUUCCCUCCCCUGCAUGAGGCAGAGGCAAGCUGCCUGCCCCCCUUCUCCUCCAAGGAAUGGCUUGCCUGGGAAUGCCCACCACACACCCUCUUCUUUUUUUCUAGUCAAACUCUUUUUACUCCUUGGCCUGCCUCCCUCCUUCCUCUCCUCUCAACCUUUACUUCUGAUUUCUAUUUCAUGGAAUUUGGGAUUGAAGUUCAACUACAACAGUGCCGCCAACACCAAGUCUUGCAGGAAAAAAAAAAAAAGAAAUUUAACAAAAAAAAUAUAUUAAUAAAAAAGUUCAAAAAAGGGG